AGGUGUGGUGGGUUUAAAUAACAUCAAAGAAAACGAUUACCUUAAUGUAGUUCUGCAGGUCGGUUGCUGUCUCCUUAAUCAUCAGUUUCCAAAAUAAUUCAAAUUCAAACUUAUCUCUUCUUUAUCUAUUCCAGGCAAUGUCAUUUGCCCCCACAAUUCGCGAUUUCUUUCUACGUGAAGAGAACUACAAAGACAUCAAAAUGCCUUCAGGAGAUAUUUCGUUUAUUUUAGGUAUUUUUAUUCCACUGACGUAAUUUACAGGGUGUAGUGGUUUACUACUGAAGUUUCUCUAUUCUAUGUUACUAGCGCAAAGAUUUGGUGAAUUAUUGCGAAAAUUAUGGAAUCCAAGAAAUUUUAAGGCCCAUGUCAGUCCUCAUGAAAUGCUUCAGGUGUUGCUUUUAUUCUUUCUAAUAACGUAUUUAGUAUCGAUGAUUUAUCGAGGUAAAAUCUUGUAGCCUUAAAGUAGCCGAAUUAUGAGUAGGUAUACUGUAUAUAUACAGUAAUAAAAUUGUUAAAAUAAUUACAUGUACAGUGUAUCUAUCUGUACAAAUGAAUGAAUGAAUAACAAUAUUUAUUGAGAGUGGACAUCAAUCUAACACUAAAAUGUUAAUGAGGGUGGCCCUCAGAAAAAUGGUUCCAGCACUGGUGGUAUCGUGGUUAUACCACGCUUUGGCCUUUCAAGUUGGGAGACCUGGGUUCAGUCCUUGGUCGGACCUCUACUAAAGGUCUUAAAAUAAUUGAGGAGAAAGAGCUACCUUGACAUUGACAUCAGUAAAUGGUUAGACUUUCGCGUCUUCUCGGAUAAGGACGUUAAAAUCGUAGAUACCUCGGAUCCCUAUCAAUUGGCCAAUAGCCUCGGUUGGGAAAUCCGCUCACCAAUGAGUGCAUGAGGAACUCAGUGAAACAUUUCAUUUGUUUAGGCUGUCGUAUUGUGCAGUAAAAAGAAAUUUCAAUUCACCGAACAAGGUAUGGGCACGAAACAAUCUUCAGUUAGAAAAUAUACAUAACUUCUGACUGAAGCAACCUCCAAAUGAAUUUUUAAAGACUAUCAAAGUCUCUGUGAUCACAGUAGGAAUUUUGCACAGGUAAGUUCAACGUUUUGAAGAAGUUGUAAGAAAUGUUUGAGAGAACAGACUCGCUGUUUAACACUGAGUCAGUUUCCUCAAACAUUUCUUACAAAUUCUUCAAAACUUAGAAUUUACCUAUGCAAAAUUCCUACUUUGAUUGUGUAAACUGUAGCCUUAACGUGCUCUAUACAGCGAGUAGUACACCAUAUAUAUUGUGCUUGUAGGUGAUCCUGUCGAGUUUCUCUCAUGGUUUUUAAAUGCGCUACAUUCCAUUCUCAAGAGAGAUUCCAAAUCAGGAAAAUCAAGUUCGUAUAUUAAAUUUUCAUUGGAAACGCAUUGCUGAUUAAUCAGUUAUACUAUUACAGUAAAAUAUAUCAAUCACUAUAAUCUUGCAGGUAUUAUAAGAAAUAUCUUCCAAGGAAAAAUGCGAAUUACCAGCAGAAAACUCCCGCCAACAGAGGUGAGAUCUUAUUAUCAUUGAAUACUAUCAUAGUUAGUUGACAACCAAUUUGAAAAAUCAACAAUCGACAAACUAUUUUGACCAAAUAUUUUCCACUUUCACCAACUUUUUGAACUUCAAAAUUAUUGGGGGGGGGGGGGGGGUUACACCCCUUAGUAGCAACGUCCUGACACUGUAUAUUAUUUAGUUGCAAUAUAUCUCGCACUCACCUUUCUACAUGACACUGUAGGACGACGAGACUGCAAAGAAAGAAGUGAAGAGACCCGAGUCAGAUGAAGAAUAUAAAGAAACUGUAACAGAGAGUCCGUUCUGGUACCUCUCUCUGGACACACCACCUGCACCACUGUUUAAGGUAACCAUCAAACAUUAUAGUAUGGUACGGUGUUGGUGACAGUGGGAGAAGGACCAUUAGACGUUUCUACCAUGCGACAUCUGUGACUCAUGGGAGUUCAAUUCCUGCAGUAUGCAGUCGUCUUAUUAAUUUCGCUUCAGUCAAAUGUUCUGGUUUUCUGAACACACUAAAGUCCCGGUCAAACGAGAACAAGAGUUGCAUGAGAGUUGAUGAGAUUUGAGGGGGGUUUAAUGCAAGAACGGUACAUUUCAUGACUUCUUAAUUCUUUUUUGUUCUUAUAGGAUGAAAUGCAACAAAAUAUAAUUCCACAGGUAAAGUGCAGGACUUACCUUUCUCUUCGCUAUUAUUUGUCCGUAUUCUGCCCACUGCAGAUCGGUACUACUACUAAUCAAUGAUUCAACCAAAAGUGUAAGAGUAACACUGAUAGUCGUAAUGUUACCACUUUCUUUUUGGAUUAGGUUUCCAUUUUUGCAUUGCUCAACAAAUUUGAUGGAAUAACGGAAAAAGUAAGAUACGUCGAUUAGUUAUUCAAGUAAUUGUCGUAGUCUAUGGAGGAUCACUGCCCAGCAAAGAUCGUGCUCUACGUAGAGUUGUCCUCUAGCUAUCAUGACAUACAUGUAGAUGCUCCAAGGAAACGGUGCAAAGACUGUCUGAAGGCAUGUUACAUUGAUCGCAUGGCUGUAUGGAGACACCAUACAUCAGGCUGUCGAGGAAACAUUAACAAAAAGAGAAGAACCCAAUCUUGUACCCAGAUACAAGAACCGCAAAACACCAGCACCCAGUCCAGACUUUCGUCAGCACUCGCUGUGGUCGAGUCUGCUUAUACUGCAUUGGACUCCUCAGCCAGCAACCAGCUUACCGUACUUCCUAUCUAGAUCUUCAUUUGCGAAGCCAAGUCAUGAAAACUUAGUGUACAACCAAUUUUGUUUUUGUAUAACCAAAUUUAUCAGUUUAAUACGAAGAAAGAGUCACAUACAUACUACUUAAAAUACCUACUAUUAAUUGGUAGGAGUAAAAUAUAUAGAUAAUUUAAAUUGAUCACCAUAUUUUAGGAAUACAAAACAUACAAAGAAACGUUUGUGAAGAAAUUUCAGUUGACCAAACUGCCACCUUACCUAAUCAUUGUCGUCAAGGUAAUUGAGGUUUCUUGCUGUACUGGUACCUAAUGUCUAACAUGCAUAGUGUAUAUGGCUUGUAUAAUUUUUAUUGCAACUUUUAAAUGUUCUCGAGUAAGUCCAAACCGCGCAAGUAGAAAAUUCUGCCUGCCGUGGUUGAAGUUUCACUCGAGAACAUUUCUACCCAUUAUAUUACCGAGUGAACAAUAUCACAUGUAACUUUUAUUGUAGAGAUUUACAAAGAACAUAUUUUUUGUUGAGAAAAAUCCCACAGUUGUCAACUUUCCCGUCAAGUAAGUUGAAUGCAAAUUCUCUACAAUAUAAGAUGUGGAUUUACAGCUGAUAACCAAUUACAGUAGCAUUCUAUCCUAAUGGCGAUCAGCUAUAACAUCUAGAAUGCUACUUUUACUGGACCUUAGACUACGACAUAGUCUCUGUGUGUAAUGUGAUAAGUGCCAAACACACCCACGAGCGUCUGUGACGUAGGCUAACUGGACCUCCACAUUUGAGAUUUCUACGAAUUUAACCAAUUUACUACAAAUUGUGUGUAUUUUAGAGAUGUGGAUAUGGCGGAAUAUCUAGCUCCUGAAUGCGUGAAAGAUAAUCCAAAUACGUCUUAUGAUCUUAUCGCAAAUAUCUGCUACGAAGGGCAGACAGGUUGGAUAUUUUCUAGUGUAGCAUAGCAGUAGAUCUCUCCCCAGUAUAGGUCUGUAAGUUGGUCGGAACGUAGGUAUAAGUUGUUGGUCCUAGCCAUGUAAUUUGGUUGGUGUGUAAUUAUGUUGGGGGUGGGGGUUAGUUACACCCCCUCACUCCACCCUCCAGUAGCAACAUCCCAGGAGGUUAGUAAAUUGAUACAAGCAUUAUUUUGACAUUUCAGAGGCAGAAGGCAAAAUCAGCAAGAACUAUCGAGUCCAUGUUUUCCACAAGGUAAGUAUUUCACAAUUAACUACCUACACUGGACCACCAGAUGUGAGAUAUAAUUUAUUAUUGCUCGUAGGGUGCGGAUCAGUGGUAUGAACUGCAAGAUCUACAUGUCAAAGAAAUACUACCACAGAUGAUCACACUAUCUGAUUCUUAUAUUCAGGUAAUUACCUAACCAUGUAUAUAAUUGCGGAUGCUUUGGGGCCUGUGGUCAUGUGCAGCACUGCUACAGUUGCCGAGAAUUGACCACAAAUCCAGUUGAAAAUACCAUCUCCAAAAACCAUCUGCAUUUAAUUAUAUUGAACAAGUGUCCAAAAUCUUGUUUUGAAACCUCUAUUUUUCUCUGUUUAGAUCUAUGAACUACAGAAAAGCUGAUGUCGGAUUACAAAGUUGUAGUAUUUCCGAUCCAUACAGUAGAUCAGAAUUGCUUUCGCCCUUUGCAAUGCUAAUACGUGUACAAAUGAACUUGUGUGUCUUGUGAAUAAAUAUUUCUAAACAGUAGUUUGUUAUCUUUUCUGUUAAUUAGUAAUAUUUCUACAGCUUCAAUAUGAGACAAUUUAACAAUGAACUGAGUGUUUUCUGAUAAAGCAAUGGAUUUUGAGCAAAGUGCCUUUGUCAUGGGUAGCCUUCCUGAUUCUUUAUACAAUAGUGAUUUUUGUGACCUUUAUAGCAAAAACGGUCUUCAGAGAAAAGAGAUUACUAUGUUUUUUCAAAAACUGGAGGGCAGUUUUUAGCACCCAUGACACAACUUUAUCUAUUAGUGACAAAGUUACUGCUAACUUUUUUGACAAAGGUCCUUUGCUCAAAACAAUGAAAUCCUAGCUCAUUUUUAUCAGACUGCUGUGUAUUUAUGAGUAUGAAGACAAAAUUGUCUAGAAACUUGAUUAAUUAAAAGCUACCAUUCCCUAAUCCUACCAAGUAUGAUCAAAUUUGCAAUAGCACAGAUAUUCUGUGACCCGACAAGUACCUGUUCCCAAAAUGGCAUGCCCCUAAUCUUCCAAUAUUUUGUGUCAAACUCGACAAAAACCGUCACUAUGACCAACAUCCACGCCACCAGCCGAGCGAAGUAUGGGACCUGUAAUCCCCCGUAAAGCAUAAUUCCGCAUAGAAUGAAUAAAAUUAUUAAACACGUUGUCACCAACCGUCCCAGAGGUAGAUGCGAGAUGUGGACGGCACGAUCCGCAGGACUUGCCCAUAACAGGUAGCCAUUAAAAAUGGCAUAAAAGGCUUGUGUUUGUCGGCCAAGUUGAAGUAACGAUGGGCGUAGGUUUGGUGAUUUUUUGCUGUCGACAAGACCCCCAGCUACUAAUAGGUAUCCACCAGCGAUAGCAACAUUUCUUGCGAAUAUUUUAAUCUGUCA